CGCCAGUACAGAUGAACAUGGAGGAUGCCUGGCUGUGUCCCUGCCCGCCCCACCGUUCUACCUGUCACUGUGAGCCCGAUGUGCCUGUGUCGGGGGCAGGCUGUUCAACUGACUGAUGGCUCCGAAUCGCCAGAGAAUACGCCUUGUCACCUGGAAGACAAAAAGCGCUCCUGAACUUGCAAGAUCCUGACUGGGUAGCUGGAGAGGAGCCCGAUUCCACAUUCCCAAUUUAGCUGGUGCCGGGACCUGGGGUCCCACCUCCAGAUCACAGGCUGAGCAGCAGGGUCCAAGCCGGCUUCUGCGCACCUCUCCCAAAUAUAUCCUUCUUUCUCUCCGUAAGAGGCGCUGUGGGAGAAGGUACAUCUGUACAUUUUAUUUCCUGGCGGUCCGAGUCAGUAAUGAAGGUGGUUAUAAAUACCAUAUUACCCGUGGGAAGCCAUAGCCGAGAGAUGCUGUCGCCACAGGAAAAAGCAGAGACCUGGAGAUGAAAAAAGGUGAACCACUGCAUGGAUGGCUGGGAGGAACCGGACGUCGGUGACGGAGUUCUUCCUUACUGCGUUCACUCAGCGCCCAGAGCGGGAGCUCCCUCUCUUCCUGCUGUUCUUGAGUUUCUAUCUCACCACCCUGCUGGGGAACGCGGGGAUGAUCAUCCUGAUCCGCGGAGAUCUCCGGCUCCACACCCCCAUGUACUUCUUCCUCAGCCACCUGUCCUUCGUGGACAUGUGCUACUCCUCCAUCAUCGUCCCCCAGAUGCUGGUGGUGCUGUGGGAACAGGGUGCUGCCAUCUCCCAAGCUCGCUGUGCAGCCCAGUUCUUCCUCUUCACCUUUUUUGCGUCCAUUGACUGCUACCUCCUGGCCAUCAUGGCCUAUGACCGCUACGUCCCUGUGUGCCAGCCGCUGCUCUAUGUCACCAUCGUGACUGAGAGGACCCGUGUGGGCUUGGUCACUGGGGCUUAUGUCGCUGGUUUUACCAGUGCCUUUAUUCGAACAGUCACAGCCUUCACACUCUCCUUCUGUGGAGGCAAUGAGAUCGACUUCAUCUUCUGCGACCUCCCUCCCCUGUUAAAACUCACUUGUGGGGACAGCUAUACCCAGGAAGUGGUCAUUAUCAUGUUCGCCAUUUUCGUCAUGCCCACUUGCAUCGUGGUGAUCCUGGUGUCCUACCUGUUCAUCGUCCUGGCCAUCCUGAGGAUCCGCUCUGCGGGCGGCCGGACCAAGACCUUCUCCACCUGCGCCUCCCACCUCACGGCCGUGGCUCUGUUCUUCGGCACCCUCAUCUUCAUGUACCUGAGAGACAAUUCAGGCCAGUCCUCGGAGGGGGACCGGGUGGUGUCUGUGCUCUACACAGUGGUGACCCCAAUGCUGAACCCCUUCAUCUACAGCCUGAGGAACAAGGAGGUGAAGGAGGCUGUGAGGAAAUCCCUGAGUCAGUCCAUGGUUCCCGGGAGACCCUAGAUGGACCCUUGGAACAUAUGCCCUGUCUCGGUUUCUCUGUCCUUUCUCAACCAUCACCUGGAGAAGGCUUUCGUCGACUGCCCUACUUACACCUGCACUUGAAAUUUUCAC